AUGAAGUGCCUCCUCCUCACCCUGGUCCUGGCCCUUGUCUGUAGCAUUUAUGCUGUGGACAUCCCCCAAAGCAAGAAAGAUCUGGACAUCUGGAAGCUGGCAGGGAUCUGGCACUCCAUGGCAAUGGCAGCCAGUGACCUGCCCCUCCUUGAAAUGGAAAAUGCCCCUCUGAGAGUGUACAUCAAAGAGAUGAGGCCCACCACAGAGGACAAAGUGGAGGUUGUCCUGCUCAAGAGGGACAAAGAUGCAUGUGUGGAGGUGACUGUCGUUGCCCAGAAGACAGAGGACCCUGCUGUGUUCACUGUCAACCACCUGGAUGAGAACAAAGUCUUCAUGCUGGACACUGACUACAAAAAUUUUCUGUUCACUUGCAUGGAUAGCACCAUCGCCCCUGAGCAGGACUUAGUGUGCCAGUACCUGGCCAGAACCCUGAAGGUCGACACCAAUGUCAUGGAGCAAUUCAAGGUGGUCCUAAAGACCUAA